UCACCAAAUGCCAUGCCACUUAUCCCACUUAUCAGUACCAAUCAUCCAUCACCAAGCUGACAUGAGGUCGGUCCCGCGUCUCUGCGAUUGACCCCAACACAUGCACGUGUCGGCAAAACCGACAAAUGGACAGAGAGGUAGAGAGACCAACGAGCAUCGGGAGCCGCGAAGCCCCUGCAGCAAAGAAUGAGGGCAACGAAGGAAAACUAGCCCAAGGCGAGAGAGGAGAGAGAAAAGGGUCGAGUCCAAGCAAGGAAGUCAAUGGGAAGUCAUUUCAUCACUGCGUUCCAUAUAAAUCCGACGCAGCCGAUCAGGCAGAUGACCAGGAUGAUGCGGCAGAAGAAGUUGCUGUUCUUCUGCUCCUCCUGCACACGCAAUUACGGGCAAGCACACAGAGAGAGGACCAACCAUCCAUCCACUAUCAAGCCACCCGUUUCGCAUGCACGAGCCAGGCAGGCAGCCCACCAUGAACUUUUUGAGUUUGACGUUCAUUUUGUUGAGUUCGGCUGAUGCCUUCUCGGCCGUCUUCUGUAUCUCUGCCGCCAUGGCCGUCUGCUUGUCGGCCGUCUGAACAACAAGAAAUCACACGCAGGGACACCCCCAUCGAUGCAUCCACACGCGACAAGGGAGACAUACACCUGUCUGUCUGUCUGUCUGCCCUUCCGUGUAUCGAUGGCCUUUCAGUCUGCGGACCACGUUGAUUUGUGUUGCGAUCUCGCCGAGCCGCUCGACGCCCUCACCGAUCUCCUCCACUUGCUUGUCCUGCAUCACACACACAGACGAGCAUGAGGCAAUGCAUUGCUUACUCAUUCACGUCCGAUCCUUUGUUUGUGUGUGGCUUGGCUUGGCUGGCAAAUGCUUACAAAUUGCGCGUCUCUGUGCUUCCAUCGAUACAUUGCCCUCUCUUCAUCCUCAGUUGGGGACCUGAUGGAAUGACACAAGUGUGGAGAGACACACACGCAGAGACAUGAAUGAAAACUUGCAUUCAUCCUCCUCCUGCUGCUGCUGCUGCUGCUGCUAGUGCCCGGCUUACAUUGGCUGUCCCCCGGUGCUGUCGACUUGAAUGUGCACACCGCCCGCAGACAGACCUAGGCCUGCCCUGAGAGACAUAGCAGGCAAACAGUCAAUAUGUUCCCCUGCUUGUUUUUGUCACUUUGCUGUCCUUUCGUCACCUCUGUUCGAGUACGGUUUUGAUUUCGAUGUCGUCCUCCCUGUUGAGAGCGCCUCCCGUCUUGAAGCUGGUCUUGGCCUCCUCCAACUGCUUCUUCAUGAUCUGCAGCGCCUGGAACCGACUCUCUAGCUCCGUCUCCUCAAACUUCUGCACUCACCCAAUCCACGGAUGCAUCCAUUCCAUGGUGCGGCAACCAACACAGACAGACAGACAGACAGACGUGUGUGCCUGCGCAUGUGUGGGUGGGGUUGUUCUUUGGUUGUUUCCUCACUCCUCACUCUCACUCACCCUUCUCUGGUUGCUUUGUUUCUUGUAGAGCUCCUGUAUCUUCUUGAAGUCGGCAUCGAGGGACUUGAGUGUGUCGGUGAUGAAGACGCCCUUCUGGAUGACCUCGAACGAGUUGCCCACCCGCUUCUGCAGCACCUGCCGCUCGCGAAUGGCCUCCUUGACCUCAAACAGGGCCGAGUAUAUGUCCUCCUUCAGUCGCAGGAACUCGUCCUUGGGGCCGUCUUUACGGUCCUUGGCCGCCUUGUCGAUGGAACCGCACUCCUCCUGGAUGCGCUCCAGACGCUUCAGCAGCUCAUCCACACCUACACACACACACAUACAUGACAUGCAGCGCAAGAACAGAGAGAUUGCAAUGAAUAAAGGAAUGAUUCGUGUCGGAAGCAAGUACCGUGCAAAGAAGACGCCAUGCUGUCAGCCAAUGGCACUUGAUGCCACCUCUCG